UACGUGUGUUGUGUGUACUACGUCAUCAACGGCCCAUAGUAACAGCGCAGUGGCGUCUCGAGGAGAAGCAAUCACAACAUGGGUUUGCUAUCGAUUUUGCGAAAACUGAAAAGUUCCCCUGACCAGGAAGUCCGCAUUUUGCUUCUUGGGUUGGACAAUGGAGGCAAGACCACUCUGCUCAAACAGCUGGCCUCAGAAGAUAUCAGCCAUAUUACACCAACACAGGGUUUCAACAUCAAGAGUGUGCAGUCUCAGGGAUUUAAACUGAAUGUCUGGGAUAUUGGUGGGCAAAGAAAGAUCAGACCCUACUGGAGGAACUAUUUUGAAAAUACAGAUCUUCUAAUCUAUGUAAUUGAUAGUGCAGAUCGCAAACGAUUUGAAGAAACAGGCCAGGAGCUGGCCGAGUUACUAGAUGAGGAGAAGCUUAGUGGUGUUCCAGUCCUUAUCUUUGCUAAUAAACAGGACCUACUCACUGCAGCACCUGCUUCUGAAAUUGCUGAAGGACUAAACUUGCACACCAUUCGGGAUAGAGUAUGGCAGAUCCAGGCCUGUUCAGCUCUCACUGGAGAGGGGGUCCAGGAUGGCAUGAACUGGGUGUGUAAGAGUGUGAAUGCAAAAAGGAAGUAGACCUGCUUAUUCCUGAUGCAUUUCCUUUGGGAAGACCAGUGUGUACUUUGAAUGUAUAAAAUAUACUUAUGUACAGCAUUGAAAAGCUUAAAAGGAUGAAAGAAAUCUCUCUGAAACAGAAUAUAUAUUUUUCAUUUGCUUAUCCCUCAACAUCUGCUGUGUUGAAAGAAAAUACACACAAAGACACCAGGGUCAUUUUAUACUCUCAGCUUCCAGAAUAAAUUUUACCUAAAUACUUGUCUUAUUAUGGCUUACAAUUUGUUGAUAAUGUAUUUAUCAAUGUGUUAUAUAAAAUACUUACAUUUCACACCUUAAAUCAUGUUUGACACUUUAGAGCAACAUUAUUAUAUAGUAUAUUUUUGAAAAGCAGAAGUCACCUGUGAUUUUGCUGUACUUGUCCAAAUCUGAUACUGUGACAGAUUUAUUUACAGUUAUUGCUUUAUAGUAGCUUGAUUUGAUGACCAAGAUGACCAUUUUUGUCACUACAUCUUUUAUGUAGUUUUUUUUUACUGUAUUGUUCUUUUUGUAACAAUUAUGGAAACUGUAGAAUGCUUUAUUGUAGUGUGUUUUGCAAAAACUUACUAGGUUAUUUAUAACUACUAGGUGGCACGGUGGCUCAGUGGGUAGCACUGUCGCCUCACAGCAAGAAAGGAUCUAACCCAGGUGGAGCAGUCCGGGUCCUUUCUGUGUGGAGAUGUUUGCAUCUCUCUGUCUGCGUGGGUUUCCUCCGGGAGCUCCAGUUUCUCCCCACAGUCCAAAAACAUGCAAGUGAGGUAAAUUGGAGAUACAAAAUUGUCCAUGAUUGUGUUUGACAUUAAACUUGUGAACUGAUGAAUUUUGUGUAACGAGUAUCUAUCGAUUCUGUCAUGAAUGUAACCAAAGUGUGUAAAACAUGACAUUAAAAUACUAAUAAAUAAAUACAAUUACUAUAAUUAUUUUUCAAAAAGUAUGAUAAAACAUUACAACUAUACAGCCACAUUUACAUAGUGCAUUUCAUUUUUAUGAAAUCUAAGUAUCUGAAUUAUCUAUAAAAAAUGUCAAAUGUUUCCAUGUUAUAUCUGAAUUGAUUGCUGUUGUAUGUGUAACUAAAGGGACUAAAAUGAAAAAGCCUGGUAAUAUUGUGUGAGCUCAUUUUGUAUCUAUUAAAUAUAAAUUUUGUUCUUGCACAUUUUAUAUUGUUUUUAUUCAUGGUUUACUUUGUUCUAUGUUGCUCUCCCAGAGGUCGUAUGUUUCUCUCUGCUUGCAUUACCAUCCCCCAUUAAGCUCUGAAACAGAUGGCGCUGAAAACUCAGGUGCUUUACUAUAUACUGCAACACCUCUUACCUACACUGUAUCUGCUUC